GAGCCAUACACCUUGUCCUUAACACCUACACCAUAGAUAAAACAUACUCCCUUAGCCUACACCGACACCUACCAAUAUGGAAUCUGAAAACACAGAUAGGGAGGAACAAGUUAGUGAAAUUGCAGUUGAUCUGAAUACCCUAACAAUAAGCGAGGAAGAAAAGGAACCGGUUCUCACAGAGGACAGUUUAGUGGAGGAGCCACAAGAAGAUGACUACACCAACAGUUCAGAGUGGAAAGAAAAGAAGAAGCACAUUUUUAUACUGAGUAGUGCCGGAAAGCCAGUAUAUUCAAGAUACGGCAACGAGGAUCGGCUGGUGACAUUGUUCGGAGUGAUGCAGGCGUUGGUGUCAUUUAUACAAGACAGCAAUGAUAGCAUCCAAUCCAUACACGCAGGAAACUGUGUCAUAGUUUUUCUGAUCAAAGGACCGAUCAUGCUUGUGUCGGUCUCGCAACUCUUCGAGUCCGUCGAUCACUUGUCCUUACAGCUUAGAUAUGUGUACAAUCAAAUUGUCAGUAUUUUGACUUUAAAACAGCUGACCAAGAUAUUUGAAGAGCGGCGCAACUUUGACUUGCGCCGGUUGUUGACCGGAUCCGAGCGUCUGAUUGAUCAUCUGCUGCACUUCACUGAGACAGAGCCUGUUUAUCUGUUGGGGGCGGUAAGAUGUCUUCCCCUCCCGCCCAACUGUCGAGAGGCUAUCGGCCAAACAAUCGUCUCGGUCUGCGCCAAGAUCAAGAAUCUGGUGUUUGCCAUCCUAAUAGCUGACAAUCAGCUGGUAACCAUGGUGAGGAUGAAGAAGUAUAGCUUGCAAGCUUCUGAUCUUCAUCUUGUCCUCAAUCUCGUCUCCGCAUCGGAAUCGUUCAAGACUGCCGAGAGUUGGACUCCCAUCUGUUUACCUAAUUUUGAUUCCAGCGGGUUCUUGCACGCUCAUGUCUCUUAUUUGUCAGAAGACUGUCAGGCAUGUCUUCUUCUUCUCACUGUAGACCAUGACCUCUUCUUCAUCUUGUCCGAGGCAAAACAAAGAAUAGUAGAACGGCUGCGUCGUAACAACAGUCUGGAAGCCAUCAACAGUUCUUUGGCAGAAAGGAACACAUCCGUCUCGGAGCUGGGAGUACCUGGGCUCCGACACUGUCUGUAUAAAUGUAAAGCAAGCCAGCAGAUGUGGUCCCCGACAUUGGAGGCCCCGUACCAUACGGAGGACCAGGCGGGGCGACUUUGGAGCUUGUACCAACAACUGCACAGUAUCUUACACCGGCGGGGACAAACACUGAAACUGGUCUAUCAGUUGUUGGACAACGAGACCAUGCUCGGCUGGAUGACUGUUGGAUUUGAGCUGUAUGUCGUGUUGGAACCUCUCAUGACCAAGAGGAAUACAAUAAAUGCUGUAAACAAGAUACUUCAUUGGAUCCAUAAAAAAGAAAAUAAAUUAUUCAUUACUACAACACCAACUUUCUAAAUAUAUUCAUACAGCUUCUUGGCUUUUUGAGUACAGUAGAACCUCUUUAAUCCGAACUAAUUGGGACCGGGGGUAGUUCGGAUUGUUGAAUAGUUCGUAUUACAGAACAUAUUGUUUUUUUACAUAAGAAUAGCCUAAAUGGCUCUUAAUUGUUACAGGAAGAGUGAAAAAAUGCUUUAUAAAGUUUAAUACAGUGUUUAUUUAAUACAAUAGUAAAUUAACAGUACGUUGAAUUACAAUAGAAACAGUUGUAAACGGUGCGUACGUAUACAAUAAAUAACUACUGUACUGUGUAUAGAGUACAGUUCAAUGAGGCGUUCGGAUUAGUGGACGUUCGGAUUACGGGGGUUCGGAUUAAAGAGGUUCUACUGUAUUUUCUUUACUUUUUGUUUUAUGUGUUGUGUAUUAAAAAUCUGUUUUAAUAUCAGCUAAAACUUCCUAAAGCUGUGAAAACGUUAGUAUUUAGAAACUAUGAAGAGUUUUAAUCAAAAUCUUUGGCUAAGCUGAUGAUUUGUGCGGUCCUAUAUAAACAAACAUAUUUUUCAUUUGUGAAGGUUUUAAUAAUUAUAUCAAAGUUAUAUCCUGUAGGCUAUAUUCUAUUAUUCUGUACAUUCACUGUUUGUAUAUAUAUCGUGUAAUUAAUUAUAAAAUACAUAAAUUUAUAUCCUGUAUAUUCUAUUAUUCUGUACAUUCACUGUUUCUAUAUAUCGUGUAAUUAAUUAUACAAUACAUUAUUCAUCUUUUAUUUUGCUUUUUGACAGUGUUUUUUAAGUAACCCUUGGAAUUAGAGAUAUAAAGAGACCCAAACGGUACUGAGUGUUUCUUAUUGUAUAUUUCAAAUUGGUGUACAAAACUAGUUAUAGGUACUUGCUAUUUUUGAAAUUUAAAUAAAAUUUUUUAAACAA